AUGGGCGUGAUCAUAAUGACAUUCGUAGGAUACCAGAAGAAGUUUUGUUUGGAAAAGGUCAAAAUCGUUACAAAAAUGUCAAGUCAGCAACGUGCUCGGCUGCCUCAAACACCCAACAAUCCAACUACGACAGCUGCAAAUAAUCCUCGAUUUCAGAACAUUGACGUGCAGAACAAUACAAUCUCAUCUGUGUCUGGUGCAACAGACGCUUUCACAACCAACAGCCAAAUGUACAACAAUAAUAAUAUCAACAAUGAUGAUACUUUGAAUGCCUUGGGUCCGGAUUUGGCGAUUUCCACAAGCCAAGUUCUUGACAAUCUUACUGAUCACGAACGCUCAAUUAUUUUGGAUGUGCUGAGUCGCGAUGAAAGCAUUCGUCAACGUGAAACUGCUCGGAUAUUGUAA